AUGGAAGGUGGCAGUAUUUUGAGAGUUGGUAGUGCACGUUUAGAUAGCUCUAGCUUGUGGAGGAACAGAGGGGACGUUUUUUCAAGAUCUACUCGAGAAGAAGACGAUGAAGAAGCACUGAAAUGGGCUGCUCUUGAGAGAUUGCCAACUUAUCUUCGAAUAAGGAGGGGCAUACUGGCUGGAGAAGAGGGCCAACCAAGAGAAAUAGAUAUAAAGAAUCUCGGACUAAGAGAUAGAAAGAAUCUGAUAGAGAGGCUUGUGAAAAUUGCAGACGAAGAUAAUGAGAAGUUCUUGUUAAAGCUCAAGGAACGCAUUGAUCGAGUUGGAAUUUCUCUUCCCACUGUUGUAGUCCGGUUCGAACGUUUAAAUGUGGAUGCAGAAGCUUAUGUUGGCAGUAGAGCACUGCCCACACUCUGCAACUUCUCUGUCAAUUUAUACGAGGGAGUUUUGAAUUAUCUUCAUAUUCUUCCAAGUAGGAAGAAACCCUUACCAGUACUUCGUGAUGUCAGUGGAAUCAUCAAGCCCGGCCGAAUGAUAUUGCUGUUAGGACCACCAAGCUCUGGAAAAACAACGUUGCUGCUAGCCUUGGCUGGACGACUUAGUUCAAAUCUUAAAGUUUCAGGGAGCGUAACCUAUAACGGCCAUGGAAUGGAUGAGUUUGUUCCACAAAGGACAUCUGCUUAUGUGAGUCAGCAUGAUCUUCAUAUAGGGGAGAUGACGGUGAGAGAAACAUUGGCUUUUUCAGCUAGAUGUCAAGGAGUUGGAACCCGUUAUGAAAUGUUGUCCGAAUUAGCAAGGAGAGAGAAGGAAGCAAACAUCAAGCCAGAUCCUGAUCUUGAUCUUUUCAUGAAGGCUGCAUCACUGGAAGGGCAGGAGACCAGUGUUAUAACUGAUUAUAUUCUCAAGAUUUUGGGACUUGAAGUAUGCGCUGAUACCCUUGUGGGGGAUGAACUGCUAAGAGGUAUUUCUGGAGGGCAGCGAAAGCGACUCACAACAGGGGAGAUGCUAGUUGGGCCAGCAACAGCACUUUUCAUGGAUGACAUAUCAACUGGUUUGGACAGCUCAACAACUUCUCAUAUUGUUAAUUCAAUCAGGCAAUCCAUCCACAUUCUUCAAGCAACUGCUUUAAUUUCGCUGCUUCAGCCUGCACCAGAAACUUAUGACCUAUUCGACGACAUAAUUCUUCUGUCAGAUGGCCAAAUCGUGUAUCAAGGUCCCCGUGAAAACGUGCUAGAGUUCUUUGAGUGCAUGGGCUUCAAAUGUCCUGAUAGGAAAGGAGUUGCAGACUUCUUACAAGAAGUGAUAUCAAGAAAAGAUCAAGAGCAAUAUUGGGCAUGCAACGAUAAACCCUAUAACUUUGUGAGUGUCAGAGAAUUUGCAGAAGCGUUUCAGUCAUUUCAUGUUGGCCAGAAACUAGGCGAUGAGCUUGCUGUUCCAUUUGACAAAGCCAAGAGCCACCCUGCUGCUCUAACCACUACGAAGUAUGGUGUUAGCAAGAAAGAACUAUUGAAGGCCUGCAUAUCUAGAGAAUACUUGCUUAUGAAGAGGAACUCAUUUGUCUACAUAUUCAAGAUAACACAACUUAUUUUCAUGGCUUUCAUAGCAAUGACAGUCUUCCUACGAAGUGAGAUGCCCAGGAAAACAGUAACAGAUGGUGGGAUUUUCAUGGGUGCUCUGUUUUACGUGGUCGUCAUAAUUUUAUUUAACGGAUUCGCAGAGCUUGCUAUGAGCAUUAUGAAACUUCCAGUAUUUUACAAACAACGGGACCUCCUCUUCUUUCCUGCUUGGGCAUACUCUCUACCCACAUGGAUCCUUAAGAUCCCAGUCUCUCUUGCUGAAGUUGCCAUUUGGCUGGCUUCAGGAAUGUUCCGCUUUGUAGGAGCAGUAGGGAGGAACAUCAUAGUUGCAAACACAUUUGGCACAUUUGCAAUACUUGUAUUUCUUGUGCUGGGUGGAUUCAUUCUGUCACGAGAUGAUGUGCAGAAAUGGUGGUUAUGGGGUUACUGGAUCUCACCUGUGAUGUAUGGGCAGAAUGCCAUAGCUGUGAAUGAAUUCCUUGGAAAGAGUUGGAGGCAUGUUCCUCCUAAUUCCACAGAACCAUUGGGACUGUUAGUCCUGAAGUCUCGUGCACUGUUUCCAGAAGCACAGUGGUAUUGGAUUGGAGUAGGAGCUCUGAUUGGAUAUGUUCUGCUAUUUAAUUUUCUCUGUACUUUGGCUCUAGCUUAUCUCAACCCAUUUGGGAAGCCUCAUGCAGUUCUGCCGGAAGAAACCUUGCCUGAGAGAAAUGCUAACAAGACCGGAGAGCUAAUAUCUACCGAACAAGGAGAAAGGAUAAAUGAAGUUCAGAAAACCGUAUCGCCCAGGUCAAGGUCAUCAAGUGUGGGCAGCACUGGUGAGGUUGAUCCUACCAGGAAGCGAGGAAUGGCUCUACAACAUCUUCCUUUUGAACCCCUUUACAUCACUUUUGAUGAUAUCAAAUAUGCAGUAGAUAUGCCACAGGAAAUGAAAGCUCAGGGUAUUCUUGAAGACCGUCUGGAACUUCUGAAAGGUGUAAGUGGUGCUUUUAGGCCAGGAGUGCUUACAGCUUUAAUGGGUGUUAGUGGGGCUGGUAAAACAACUCUGAUGGACGUCUUGGCUGGUAGAAAAACGGGUGGAUAUAUUGAGGGAAGGAUCACAAUAUCAGGGUACCCAAAGAAGCAAGAAACAUUUGCUCGUAUAGCAGGAUAUUGUGAGCAAAAUGAUAUUCACUCUCCUCAGGUAACAGUUUAUGAGUCCUUGCAGUAUUCUGCAUGGCUUCGGUUGCCUCCUGAAGUGGACAGUGGAACCAAGAAGAUGUUCAUUGAGGAAGUCAUGGAACUUGUGGAGCUAACCCCGUUAAGGGAUGCACUUGUUGGGUUGCCUGGUGUUGAUGGCCUUUCAACCGAACAGCGCAAGAGGCUAACGAUUGCGGUUGAGUUGGUGGCUAACCCAUCUAUAAUAUUCAUGGAUGAGCCAACCUCAGGACUAGAUGCCAGGGCUGCAGCAAUUGUGAUGAGAACAGUGAGAAACACAGUAGAUACAGGACGAACCGUGGUGUGCACCAUCCAUCAGCCAAGCAUUGAUAUAUUUGAUGCUUUUGAUGAGCUACUCUUAUUGAAAAGAGGAGGUGAAGAAAUAUAUGUUGGCCCAAUAGGCUUCCAUUCUUCCAAGCUGAUCAAGUACUUUGAGGGAGUCGAUGGAGUUAUUAAGAUAAGAGAUGGUUAUAAUCCAGCAACUUGGAUGUUGGAGGUGACUUCAGAUGCCCAAGAAGCAGCUCUUGGUAUUAACUUUGCCGAAGUAUAUAAGAACUCAGAACUGUACAGGAGAAACAGAACAUUGAUCAAGGAACUCGGUAUACCUGCACCAGGUUGCAAAGAUUUGCAUUUCCCUACUCAAUACUCGCAAUCUUUCUUCACACAAUGUAUGGCUUGCCUAUGGAAACAACAUUGGUCAUAUUGGCGAAACCCGCCUUACAAUGCAGUGAGACUUCUCUUCACUACUUUCACAGCUUUGAUGUUUGGGACAAUGUUCUGGGAUCUUGGCUCCAAAAGGAGAAGGCAGCAAGAUCUCUUUAAUGCAAUGGGAACUAUGUACACUGCUGUUUUAUUUCUCGGUGCACAAAACUGUAUAUCAGUGCAGCCCAUUGUUGCUAUAGAGAGAACAGUCUUUUACAGGGAAAGAGCCGCCGGAAUGUAUUCCGCUCUGCCUUAUUCUUUUGGACAGAUUGUGAUUGAGUUGCCCUACAUUUUCGUACAAACAGUCAUCUAUGGUGUCAUAGUCUAUGCCAUGAUUGGGUUUGAGUGGACAGUUACCAAGUUCUUUUGUGACUCCGAACCACAGUAUUGCUGCCAUAGUUUCAUCAGCCUUUGUUGCAAUAUGGAACCUCUUCUCCGGAUUCAUUGUUCCCCUGACAAGAAUUCCAGUGUGGUGGAGAUGGUACUAUUACAUUUGCCCCAUCUUUGGACCUUGUAUGGAUUAGUUUCUUCCCAGUUUGGAGACAUAAAGGAUGAGCUUGACACACACGAAACUGUGGAACAUUUUAUAAGGAGUUACUUUGGGUUCAAACAUGAUUUCGUGCCAAAUGUUGCAAUCAUUAUCGUUGGAAUAGCUGUGCUAUUUGGAUUCAUCUUUGCCUUUUCAAUCAAGACAUUUAACUUCCAGAAAAGAUAAACGUAAGUCAUACAGAAAAAUCUUC